AUGAUGUUCAAGAUUAGUGCAAUCCUCACUCUGCUGCCUCUUUUGGCCAUGGCGAUGCCUUCAGCGCCGGAGGCGCCCCACAGCAAGCGAUCAAUCACCUGUCUCAAGGUCGGACAAACAGCUACAGCCACCUGGACCAAUAGCGCUGGAAAGCGUUGCUCCUUUGUCGGUGUCGUCGGAAGCAACUAUGGUGCCAGCAGCUCUGGAUCAGGAGAUUACUCCUGCAAUGGCCGAUGUGGUGCUGGCUGCUCAGGCACCGCAGUUGGUAAUGCGUAUACUCAAGAUUGCUUCUCUCACGAUAUUUGCUCAUACUUCAACAACGCCAGCGGAGGUGCAAGUGACCCGAACUGCGGAGCCGCCUUUAACAGUGCGGUGGACGACACGGCCUUUGGUGCUCUGAAUGGAUGCUCGCAAAGUAACCCAUCAUUGGCCGUGUCGAAGCCAAAGUCCUCUCCUGUCUGCGUUUAA